AUGGGCUGCACAAGCUCAGUUAUCUCAGAGAAUCAACACAAUGUAGUGCCUCAAGUUAAAAAACGAUAUUUAGGACAUACUAGAAUUAUACAGGAAGAAGAGGUUGAUGUUUUUGUAAAUGAUGAAUACAAUAUCAUAACAAGUGAUUGGGAGGAAGGUCCAGUAAAUUUUCAGUACCAAAAUUUAGUGUGCUUGGAAACAGUCGGGAACUGGAAAGCAGGUCAUAGCGCUGGAGGAUCUAGAAAUGACCUGGAAAUGUUCUCGAUCAACCCUCAAUAUUUGAUUGCGAUCGGACCUCCUGAUAAACAUCCUAAAAAUGAUGACUUCUACCUUCCAGAUCCGAGUUUGAACUAUAUAGAUGUUCAUAUAUGUCUUACGCAGACCAACCUAUCACAGCCUCCUCUUCAUGUUGCAUUUUUCAUUUAUAAGACUGACAGUAUGGAAGAAAGGCUGAGCGCAGAAUACUUUCUGUGUAUGCCGCCAGCAGGAGACACAGGGGCCUUUGUCAAUUGGAGACAAGUAAAACAACACUUCAAACUGACACCCGGACUCUAUGUUAUCAUCCCUGCAGUAUUUAAUGCAGGUUUGGAAGGGACAUUUAAGUUAUCAGUGAAAACAAUUCCUCCAGUCACCAUGAAAAGAAUACCAUCCUUCAAAAAUGUAUCUCUGAAUGCUUCCACCAUUAAUUUAAAACGAAAAACUUCAGUCAUUCUACAGGAAGUUUAA